CGUUCGACUCCGCGCGCUGAUGCUGGAUACCGUUCUUCAGGUCGGAUAUAUCACAGCACAAUGAAUACAAACACUAAAUAAAUGGUUACCGGUUACGGUAGUGGAGGGAAAUCUAUUUUGGUGACGGCCACCGGCGUUUGAAAUUCCUAGACUGGAAGACAUAGAAACGAAACGCGGAGUUUGAAGCGUUUAUUUGACAGGUGACGCCACUCGGACUGAUGCCGCCCGUUCAGCGAACUAUGUCGGAUCUCCGGUCUCGUGCUGAGGGGUAUGAAAAGACAGAUGACACAUCAGAGAAGACCUCUCUAGCAGACCAAGAAGAUUCCAGACUAAUAUUCAUCAAUCAGCCACAGUUUACAAAGUUCUGCAGUAAUCAUGUCAGCACUGCAAAGUACAAUGUGCUUACAUUCCUGCCUCGGUUCUUGUACUCUCAAUUCAGAAGAGCGGCCAACUCCUUCUUCCUCUUCAUCGCACUGUUGCAGCAAAUCCCUGAUGUGUCACCAACGGGUCGAUGGACAACACUGGUGCCGUUACUCUUCAUCCUGGUGGUGGCUGCAGUGAAGGAGAUAAUAGAGGAUCUGAAACGUCACAAAGCUGAUAAUGUUGUCAACAAAAAAGAGACACAAGUGUUGAGAAACGGAGCUUGGGAGAUUGUACAUUGGGAGAAGGUUGUGGUUGGGGACAUAGUUAAAGUAAAUGGCAAAGAUUUCGUACCAGCAGAUGCUAUACUGCUGUCGUCCAGUGAACCUCAAGGAAUGUGCUACAUAGAAACCUCAAAUCUGGAUGGAGAAACCAAUCUGAAGAUCAGACAGGGUCUGCAGAUCACCGCAGACAUUAAGGACAUUGACAGUCUGAUGCGUCUCUCUGGACGGAUGGAAUGUGAGAGUCCAAACAGACAUCUGUAUGAAUUUGUGGGCAAUAUUCGCCUGGAUGGACACAGCACUGUACCACUGGGUCCAGAUCAGAUCUUGUUGAGAGGAGCUCAACUCAGGAACACACAGUGGGUGCACGGUAUUGUGGUCUACACGGGUCAUGACACCAAACUCAUGCAGAACUCCACACGGCCUCCUCUGAAGCUGUCCAACGUGGAGCGCAUCACAAACUUUCAGAUCCUCCUGCUUUUCGGCUGUCUGUUGGCCAUCUCUUUUGUGUGCUCCAUCGGCCAGACCAUUUGGAAGUACCAGUACGGCAAUGACGCCUGGUACAUGGACCUCAACUAUGGUGGAGCAGCUAACUUUGGCCUGAACUUCCUUACCUUCAUCAUACUCUUCAACAACUUGAUCCCGAUCAGUCUUCUAGUGACUCUGGAGGUCAUCAAGUUCAUCCAAGCUUUCUUCAUCAACUGGGACACUGACAUGCUGUAUGAAGUCACCAAUACACCAGCUAUGGCUCGCACCUCAAACCUAAAUGAAGAACUUGGACAGGUGAAGUACAUCUUUUCGGACAAGACGGGCACCCUGACCUGCAACGUCAUGCAGUUUAAGAAAUGCACUGUUGCAGGUGUGGCCUACGGUCACAGCUCUCAAUCUACAGAGGAAUCUGGAUUUAAUGACCCCAGCUUUCUGGAAAACCUCCAAAGCAAUCAUCCCACCGCUCCUGUCAUUAUGGAGUUCAUGACCAUGAUGGCAAUCUGUCACACUGCUGUUCCUGAACGAACGGACGACAGGAUUAUAUACCAAGCUGCAUCUCCAGAUGAAGGUGCUCUGGUACGUGCAGCACAUAACCUGGGAUUCGUGUUUUCUGGGAGAACUCCAGACUGUGUUAUUGUUGAGUUGCUUGAAAAGGAGGAGAAAUAUGAUCUACUGCAUGUUUUGGAAUUCACAAGUACCAGAAAGAGGAUGUCAGUCAUUAUGCGCACUCCAUCAGGAAAGAUCCGCCUUUAUUGCAAAGGAGCUGACACAGUGAUCUAUGAGCGAUUAGCCGACAGCUCCAGAUACAAGGACAUCACCCUGAAACACCUGGAACAGUUUGCCACAGAGGGUCUGCGCACACUGUGUUUCGCUGUGACCGACAUAUCAGAAUCAUCAUACCAGCAGUGGCUGGAGGUACAUCAACAUGCCUCAACGUCUCUCCAGAACAGGGCACUCAAGCUGGAGGAAAGCUAUGAACUGAUUGAAAAGAACCUGCAGCUGCUAGGGGCCACAGCCAUUGAAGACAAACUGCAAGACAAGGUCCCUGAAACCAUUGAAACCCUCAUGAAAGCUGAUAUUAAGAUCUGGAUCCUCACUGGAGACAAGCAGGAGACCGCUAUCAACAUAGGACACUCCUGCAAGCUGCUGACGAAGAACAUGGGCCUGCUAGUGAUAAACGAGGACACCCUGGAUGGUACCAGAGAAUUACUUAGCCAUCACUGUAGCAUGCUGGGAGAUGCCCUGCACAAGGAAAAUGAGUUUGCUCUCAUUAUUGAUGGAAAGGCGCUGAAGUACGCCCUCACUUUCGGUGCCUGCCAGUACUUCCUGGACUUGGCCCUUUCCUGCAAGGCUGUGAUAUGCUGCAGGGUUUCUCCUCUGCAGAAGUCUGAGGUGGUGGAGAUGGUGAAGAAACAGGUGAAAGUUAUAACUCUAGCCAUUGGAGAUGGAGCUAAUGAUGUGGGUAUGAUCCAGACCGCUCAUGUAGGUGUUGGCAUCUCUGGCAAUGAAGGACUGCAGGCUGCCAACUCAUCCGACUACUCCAUUGCACAGUUCAAGUAUUUGAAGAAUCUUCUGCUGGUUCACGGCGCCUGGAAUUACAACCGCGUGGCCAAGUGCAUCCUGUAUUGCUUCUACAAGAACAUUGUGCUGUACAUUAUUGAGAUCUGGUUUGCGUUUGUGAACGGCUUCUCUGGUCAGAUUCUCUUUGAGCGCUGGUGCAUCGGCCUGUACAAUGUGAUAUUCACAGCUUUGCCGCCUCUGACUCUGGGCAUCUUUGAGCGUUCCUGCAGGAAAGAGAACAUGCUGAAAUACCCAGAGCUCUACAAAACCUCACAGAAUGCAAUGGGCUUCAACACCAAGGUCUUUUGGGCCCAUUGUCUGAACGGCCUGUUUCACUCAGUCAUCCUUUUCUGGUUCCCCCUCAAGGCCUUCCAGCACGAUACCGUUUUUGGAAAUGGAAAGACACCAGACUAUCUCCUCUUAGGCAACAUGGUUUAUACAUUUGUGGUGAUCACGGUCUGUCUGAAAGCUGGGUUGGAGACAUCCUCCUGGACCAUGUUCAGUCACAUUGCCAUCUGGGGCAGCAUUGGAUUGUGGGUAGUCUUCUUUGGCAUCUACUCUUCUCUAUGGCCUCUGAUCCCUCUGGCUCCAGAUAUGUCAGGAGAGGCAGACAUGAUGUUCAGUUCAGGAGUGUUCUGGAUGGGCCUGAUCUUCAUUCCCAUCACAUCUCUGGUGUUUGACGUGGCCUACAAAGUCAUGAAAAGGGUGUGCUUUAAGACCCUGGUGGAUGAGGUGCAGGAGUUGGAGGCGCUGUCCAAAGACCCAGGAGCCGUGGUGCAUGGGAAGAGUUUGACCGAGAGAGCCCAGCUCCUGAAGAACGUCUUUAAGAAGAGUACCGUCAGUCUGUACCGGUCCGAAUCCAUGCAGCAGAAUCUACUCCAUGGCUACGCAUUCUCUCAGGAUGAGAACGGAGUGCUCUCCCAGUCUGAGGUCAUCAGAGUCUAUGACACCACCAAGCAGCGGACCAAUGAGUGGUGAGAUUCAGCCUGCUGAGCUCCACCCCCUCUCAACGGUCACUCUACUUUUUAAAGGCUGACAGAAAGCUGAAGCCUGUCAGUUUAACUUUGGCCAGUCUAGGGCACACCCUGGGCAAUAACGGAUAUGAAAAACAUGAAGCAUUGUGAGAUGGAAUUGUCCUGUUCUUUGAAAGGAAAAAAUUAUAAUAAGUUCUGCUCUGCUGUAGUUGUGCGUUCAACAGUAGACACAAGCACUGUGCUCACAUAUUUUAGCCCAGUCUGCGGUCAGUAUGGUUUGUGAUCUAUCAAACGGAGGAGAACAGCAUGAAAAACUGACUCCUCUUUCCUCUGCCAUUCCUUCGGAGUGUUACAGCCAAAUAUGUGAUGAAGAUGGUGAUAAAGGUGUUGAGAAAUAUUUGUGGUAAUGGUCUUUGACUGUGACUUAUUGUUAAUGGCACAUAAAACUCCUCUGUUGGUAAGAAUGCUCCCUUUUGCUGUUACUGUGUUGUAGUUUUAUUUUGCGACAUAAGCUAGAUUCGACUCCCAGAUCACCAGUGAAAAUUGCAAGUUCCAAAGAGCAUUAUGAAUGCAGUCUCUAUUUUAAAAAAUGUUUUAAAUAAGUGUUAUAAACUGGUCGUUUAUACACUCCUGAAAUGCACUCUGCACUAAUUUGACUACUUCACACCUAUUGUUUUUUUCCAUGUAAAAUUUUAUGUAUCAAGGCCAUACAUUUGUUGUUGCUGGGUGUUUUAGUUUUGUUUUGUGGAGGGUGUUUUGUUUUAUAUUUUGUUGGUUUUUUACUUUGUUUUGUUUUAUUUUUUUUUAUUUAUUUUUUUUGUGGGGUUUUCUUUGUUUUCUUUGCUUUUGUGGGUUUUAGGUUUUGUUUUAGUUUUAUUUAUUAUUAUGUUUGUGUGUUUUUUUGUUUGUUUGUUUUCUUUGCUUUUGUGGGUUUUCUUUUUUUGGGGGGUUAUUAAUUUUUGUGGGGUUUUGUUUGUUUUCUUUGCUUUUGUGGGGUUUUUUUGUUUUGUUUUUAGAUUUAUAGAUCAAAAUCAGUUCAUUGCUUUAGUCUGUCUUUAAUUUUAGUUUUUGUUUUGUUGUUGUUCAUUUUUUAAUGAUUUUUUUAUUAAUCAAAAUCAGUUUAUUGUGCCUGGUUCUUUCAGAUCCUUUGCAGCUCACCGAUAUUUUUCACUUUAUGCAAUUUGGCAACAUUUCAAAUGCAUUCUUGAACAAGUUCCUGCAUUCCACAACUUACAUGGCUGCAGUGAUUACAAAGGUGCCUAAUAGGAACUGUUUUUCUCCCUUUAGAGAUAGUGUUUCAGAGAGACUAGCUUGGCAGUGUUAUGGCACGCUCACACAUUAGACCAAAAUAACGAUGUUGUUCAUCACGUAUCAGGCUGUUACAAGAGUGUAAUGCCAGAUUUUUAAGCCACACAUUGAACCUUGUGUUCAGCUCAUCCUAAGGGGCUCGUAUGAAGCUAUUUUACCAUAGAUGAUCACAGCAACUUUUAUUUGAUUUGAGUAAUUCCCUUAGAACAGAGUGUAAAUCCUUCAAACAUAAGUGCCAUUAGCAUAGCGGAAGAGCAGAGGGUUUCGCCACACCCACACACAGGAUCGAUACGACUUUGUCUCAAUAGUUAUUAUGUGAAUUUAUAUUUUUAUAUUAAACCAAGUGUGACUUUUUGGAUUGAUCUGCUUUGUAAUGAAAAUGUUGUCCCUCUUAUUUGUGGUUCCUCUUCAAAAACUGGUCGUGGUUCAUGAGCUUACUUUGCCUUUGCCUCUUAUUAAUGCUUCUUUUUUUGAUGGUGGAGUUUGUGCGUUGGUUCUCUUCUCCCCGUGGGAGAGCGCGUUUUGUAUAGUGCGUCUGCGCAAUGUGUGUCGUCCGCAUGUGCAUGUGAGCUAAGGUUUGAAUGCGUUGAUGUAUGCGUGUACGUGUGUGUUUGUAAUCCUGUCAGUAUGCAUGUUUGUUUAAUUAUUCUAAAACUGUCUCAUGGUGGAUCACUAUUUGCCAGUGAGACAGCUUACUUGAAUGAAAUUCCUGAAUAUUUUGAGGAUGUGUGGGUGUCCUUGUUUUCCGAUUGUCUGAAGCUGUUUGAUUCUUUCGUCUGCACGACUCCAGAUAUACUAAUGGUGAGCUAUAUGCCGAUGCAUGGCCCCGUACGUAAGCAGGUCUGUGCAGAUGUAAGUGUGUGAGCGCAUGUGUGUCAUCUGUAUCUGUUUCUGUCCUUCAGCCCCAUCUUGGCUGGGGAUUUCAGUGCAUAUGAGGCUCUGCUACAGCUUGACGGAGAGGUUGCAGAAGGCACUCUUUUGUCUUUUUACACAUGUGAUGAAAAUGAUCUUAUCUUGUUAAUUUCAGUUGCAGUAUUAUUUAUCUUAGUAGAUUUACACGUUUAUAAUUUAGUUUUAAACCUCAGUGUAACUCUUCCAACUGAAAAUGUCAUCUUAUUUUUCAUUUCUACAACAAGAAUAGUACAUUUAUAGCUAUUGUGCAUUUUGUUUUGUGCUUUGAAUUGAUUCUCUUGUUCGGUCGUCGCCAUUGUGUGUCAUCGCACUGAUUCAAACACUGGAUAUGUGGCCCUCUGAUGUGACUCCAGGUCAAAUGUGACAUUGGUUAAAGGCUUGGACUGUUGCUUUCUAACAUUUUGUCUGUCAGUGACUAAUUGCAUGAAUGGAAAUGUUGCUUCUUGGUUAAGCCUAAAUGUUAUUUGUGCUCUGAUUCUCACUAGUGUUGGUCACUUUAAAGAAUGAAAAUGCACUUUUAUGUUGUUUUUAAUUCUCUAUUAGGUGUUUUAUUUUGCUUUGAGAACUUUCGUUUAUGUCUUUUUCUUCAAUGAUUGUUUAGCAUGUCGGAACUGCAAACUUUUAAGUAUUUUGUCUUUUAACUGCCAUUAAUGAAUACUCAAAUAAACUUUACAACUUCA